GAGUUAGGACCUAACACCAUCACAUUUUGACUCUUCUUCUUCAUCAUCUUCUUCUUCAUGUUCUCUUUCCGAUUAUUAUUAUUGUUGUUGUCUGCCUGCAAGGCAAACGAAGAAUCUUAACCCUUUAUUUCUCUCUACGAAAACCAAAACAAGAGAGACGAUUAUUGUCUUUUACUUUUGAUUCCAUGACGAUCGCCGGCUAUGACGUUUUUCCCGUUGAUCUGCACUGGUUACCGUCCGCCUUUGCAGGCGUUCUUAUCUGCAAAAUUGUUUAUGAAUUAACAGGUGUACUUAGCUCAAUGUUCAUCACUGGAUACAAGAAGCUCAAUGAUGUAAAAAAACUUGAAUGGAACAACAGGGGAAUCUCCACUUUCCAUGCUCUGCUAGUGGCAGCUGCAGCUUUUUAUUUAUUUCUUGUUUCAGAUCUUUUUUCUGAGAAUUCUGAUCAAGGGUUAAUUGUCAACAGAAGAUCUGACCUAUCAGACAGAAUCCUGGGGAUAUCUAUUGGUUAUUUUAUCUCUGACUUGGGGAUGAUCAUUUGGAAGUUUCCAGCUUUAGGGGGUUUGGAGUAUGUGGUGCACCACGGGCUUUCCAUGUUUUCAAUCUUCCUCUCCCUACUGAGUGGUCAAGGUCAGAUAUACAUACUGAUGGUUCUCUUCACUGAGACCACGACACCAUUUGUGAAUUUGAGAUGGUACUUGGAUAAUCUUGGUUUGAAAAACUCUAGCCUUUACAUCUGGAAUGGUGUUGCUUUGUUCUUUGGAUGGCUGGUGGCUAGGAUCCUUUUGUUGAUCUUCUUCUUUUAUCACAUGUUUCGACAUUUUGAUCAGGUGAAGACAAUAUUUCCUUUAGGGUUCUACAGCUUGUUGAUUGUUCCUUCUGUGUUGUCAAUGAUGAACUUGUUUUGGUUCUGGAAAAUUACAAAAGGUAUGGUUAAGACUCUAACUAAGUCAAGACACACUCGGUAACAACCAACCCCGGUUCAUUCGUUCGUUGUGCACUUGUGUUUCCACCCAUUUAUUUAUGUAACCUUUUGCGCCAUUGUACAUACAUAUAUAUUUAUUUCUAGGCUAAUGUCUUAUUUGUGGA